CAGCCAUCUGCAUCUUCCUUCCGCCCACAACCUUCUCAGCAAUCCCCUCGCCCAGACUCCACACGUUCAUACCAUCAUCAGGUCUCAGCCCUUCUGAAGAAGGCAUCCUCAGCAUCAGAUCCGUUUCCCAUACCCAGAACCCCAGACCCAAGAUGCCCACCCGCGGCGCGUUCAUCGUGAUCGAGGGCCUUGACCGCUCGGGGAAGUCAACGCAGGCGGCAAAGCUGAAAGAGAAAUUGGCAGCUGAUGGAGUGAAGGUGGAGUUGAUGAAGUUUCCGGACCGUACUACAGCCAUCGGAAAGAUGAUCGACGCGUACCUGCGCACCAACAUCGAGAUGGACGACCAUGUCGUGCACCUACUGUACUCGGCGAAUCGAUGGGAGCUCGCCUCCCGCAUAUCCACCCUCCUCACCGAAGGGACUACCAUCAUCUGCGACCGCUACGCAUUCUCCGGAAUCGCGUUCUCGGCGUCGAAGGUGGCCUCGACUUCCGCCUCCACCACCGUGACCUCCACCUCCUCCUCAACUUCGACCACCGCCGCACCCCCGACCUCUACCGGAUCGUCAACAUGCGGCUCCUCACCUACCCCAGCGAAGACUAAGGAUACUUGCCCAACCGCGAAGACUACAGACACGUCCCCCCUCCUCCCCUACGCCUGGUGCCGCGCGCCCGACAUCGGCCUCCCCGCCCCAGACGUCACGCUCUUCUUCGACAUCGCGCCCGAGGCGGCGCGCGCAAGGGGUGGGUACGGCGAGGAGAGAUAUGAAAGGGAAGAUGUGCAGAGGCGGGUGAUGGAGGUCUACGCCCGCCUCGGCGCCGAGAUGGAGGCCGCGCGCCCGGGGUCGUGGGUGCGCGUCGACGCGAGCCGUGCGGUGGAGGAGGUCGCGGGAGCGGUGUGGGGCGUGGUUGCGCCGUUGGCGAGGGGAGUUGAGGGCGAGGUGGGGCGGUUGUGGGAGGGGCCGUUGGCGUGAAGGGGAGGUGGAGGAGCGGGGCGUGAAGAUGUGGGGCGGCAUAAUAGUGCCACUUAACUAACGUAUAGCGGUAGGAGCGCCUCGGUAACUUAUCAGUAGUAUAUAUGUCAAUGCAUGGAUGCGGUUCUCGGAC